AUGGGUUUUGGUAAAAAGAGAAAGGAGGAUGAGGCAGGAUGCAGUCAGCCCUCCGCGGAACAGCUGUUCCAAUCAGGUUUCCGACUUACCAUGGAGAAGUCAAAACCAACCUUGGGUAAACUGAUCCAAAAGAAGAUAAGGGGAAGAGGAAUCUUUUCAAAAAAUGACAAAUCCCCACAGGAGACGGUUGAAAACAUUUUAAAAGGAAAGACUGAUGGGGCUGAAGAACAGCCAAUGGAGGGUUUGGAUCAAAACAACGCAAACGGUGAAAAAAGCAACAACUCUUACACCACUUCACCUCGCUACUCAAAGCCAGGGACAUUGAAACCGGCUCCCAUCAAUGGACAGGAGUACUGGCACCCAAUUUUCGUGGGAACACCAAGUGAACGCUCUUCCUCGGCUCCAGUAUCUCCGGUUUCGGGGUAUGACUCGCCAACGCCUCUGCUAGAUCACUCCCGCCUGCCAGUUAACACUUCAGGUCACAGACAACCUCCCCCUGUUACCAUCCAUCGAGCAAAUAGAAGUCGUGGAAUGAGGUGGAAACCACCAGAUAUCUACAGACGAGUUCUCUCGCCUCAUCAGUCAGAAAUGAGUCUAUCCGCUCCCAGUAGUCCUGGCAACGGUUCCAGUUGUUAUGAGCAAGUUCCGAUGGAGGGCUUUGAAGGCACUGAGGAUGACGACACUGACUACGAUCGACCCUAUCGACGGCCAUGGGCGUGCAACUUUGAUGAAACCUUUCGUCGACAUCGACGUUGGAGGCUCUCACAUCAUACGAAUGGACAUUACUCUCAUCAUCAUCACCAGCAGUUACAGCAGCAGCAGCAACAGCAACAACAUCAUCAUCCCCAUCAUAAACGUCCGUGGGAGACGCAAGACCUUCUGAUGCUGCUAAAGAAACUCGGCCUUGAGAGUCUUUACCAGCGUCUACUUCAGCAUGGUUUUGCACGAAUUGAUCAGUUGGGCGGACUGACUCGACAGCGGCUCAUUGAUAUGGGGGUCACGAGUGCGGAGGCAAGAGCCAGCCUACUAACGGCGGCUCAGCUGCUCACAAACUCACGAAUCGAAACUCCGGUUUGCAUAAUCAGUGAAGGUGAGGAUGCAUCAGCGGCAUGGAAUAAAACACCUAUUAAUUAUGAAUCUAAGGCUCUUUACGCUAGUGGAGACAUCAUAUUCCCUCGAUCCAGUGAUUAUUGGCUGCUGCAGGGAGUACCGGAAACCCAGGGGCAAGAAAUUGACCAUCGAGUAACUCAAUCCACUGGAUGUCCUCCAAACGAUCCGCCCUCCCAUGAAACGCAUUUUGGAGUUAGAAAACACUUCCCCGGCAUCCCUCGUAAUGAUUUGCUCGCAUCUCAGAGAUCGAAUAGCCUUGGUCCAAAAUUCCCCAGUGACCUCAAAAUGGCCAUGCCACCACGAGUCCUCGAGAUGACAGGUAAGAAGUACAAGCUACUUAUUAAUUUUGUCAGCGUCCUUUUUGCAGCAUUGACACUUGUUGCUCUAAACGCAUCGAAUCUAUGCCGACCAAAAACGCCAGUCGGAAUAUUACGAAAAACCUCUAUGCGAAACCAGCCAAAUGAUGAGGCUAACCGAGGCUGCCUCCCUGAAUGCACCCGAAAAAGAACAGCUUCAACACCAAAAUCUGUAAAAAUUGACGAAUCGUCCCUGCAGCAUCAGAACUCUGGUACAACUCCUGACGAUCUUGAGUCUAUUAUUGCCGAUCGACUUCGUAUGGAAUGGAUUGACCUCACCAAACCUCCCUAUACAAAUGCGAUUGGAGAGUCAGGGAUACCUCUACGGUUGGUUGAACGGUAUGCUGAAGAGGCUGACAAGGACUUUAUGACAAUAGCAAUGGUUCUUGAAAGUUUACGAGAGCGAUUUCUAACCAGAGCUGGUCUACAAUUCACGCCAAACUAUGAUGACAUCCGAACCCAACGCUACCUCAACUGCAGUGGGAUCAAAACUGACAAUUUAACUGACUUUCUCACAACUAUCGGCUUGCCAAUGUACGCAAAUCGACUGGUUGCUGCUAUGGGUUCAGCGGAAGUCGCGCUGCCUGCCAGCUUGACAGCUGUCACAGAUGCCCAAAUGGUCUACGGUCUGGACAUUCCACUUGCUCAUGUCAGGCGAAUUCGCACAGAAGCUGCCCUCAUCCCCAAAAGCCUUCUCACGGCCAACACCUCGAGUAUGCCUCGUAGUAGUGGGCUCACAAAGCAAAUGAUCUUUCGUAAACAACAACAACAACAACAGCAACAAUAUCACCAUCAUCAACAGCAGCAAUCACAACAACAGCAACAAUUUCGACAAGUGUUUUCCAAAUCGGAUAUCUUACCACCGGAUAGUGAGAUUUUGGACAAGGUGUAA